AACUGCUGAUCUCUAGUUCUCUGCUAGAGUGAUUCGUCUGUUGGUUACGAUUCCACACAGAGCCACUUUAUCGAGCACGUCUGCUCUUCUUCCUACAAUUCAUCCCCACUGCAUCAAUCCAUCGUGACCAAGGAAAAGCAGAACUCGACGCGCCAGACGGACACAAUGGCGAAUUUGAAACAACAGGAGAACAUGCUCCUCACCGAGCAUCUCACCUGGCCUCCGAUUUCCCUCCUCGACGACAUAAUCAACGCCGUAAACGAAGUUCUUUAUAAAUGCACAGACACGCUCGAAACAGGGCUUUCGUCAGCCGAUCCCUCAGCACUAGGAUUCGCCGACCGCGCGGCCGCUGAAGGACGCGUGCUGGAGAAAGAAGAUGAUGGGAGCGGGGGGCAGAGAUUAGCAUUUCCAGAGGCAAAACUGGAGAUUGAAGAGGGGAUACUCAAGUUGGAGACGUUGAUGGAAGGCGCUGUGGAUCGGAAUUUCGACCGCUUGGAAAUCUGGACGCUGAGAAAUGUUUUGUGUUUGCCGGAGGAGUUGGCGGCUUGGGUGAGAUUAGAGCAUUAUAAAAACCUCACCAUCCCGCCCCCCUCCCCCACAAUAUCACCCGAAUACCUCUAUGCGCUCCGCCGCAAACUCCAGGAAACCCAAAAACUCCAUACCGCGCUCUUGGCGGAGAAAACCCGCAACGAGGCGCUACUCCAGAAACUGCGCUCGCUCGUUCAACCGCCGCCCGCGAAACGCGAACCCAGGUCUUCCACGUCCCCCUCGAAGUCAAAGGAUCUGGGUGGAGACGGAAAUGCGCCGUUUGCGUUCUUGACGCAUACGGGUGCAGCAAGGGAUUUAGGCGUGCAGGCUCUGCCCCGAAGCUCGGCGACCACGGGUACAAGUACAGCGACGGCGACGGCGACACCCUUGACUACCAACACGACGUUCACGACUUCCCAACUCCCGUUCCUGCGCUCCCUUCUUGCGACACUAAAACCGCAUCUUGCGACCACGGCCCUACCGCUGCAUUCGACCAGCGAGAAAGAGGAGUCGGCCAGAGAGCGCAAGAUGUAUAUCGAGAGCCAGAGUAAGCGGAUUCUAGAAAGACGCGGCGUGGAUACAAGAGAAGGCGUAGAAGGGGUCCUAGAAGGGCAGGGUCAGAGGCUUAGGAGUGAGGAGGUCAGGGGGUUGGAGAGUUUGGUUGAGGGGAUGAGGAGGAGUAGGAGUGGUGCUGGGGGUGCGGGGAAUGAGGCUUCAGGUGAUGGUGAUGAGAUGGAUACUUCCUAGUGGGUGGCUGACCGUUGCGGUUGCUUUGGGAUUCAUGGAGUUGCAACCUUUCUGGAUGGUGGGUUCGGUGGCUGGUAUGGCGUCAUGUGUUAUGAAUAUGAGAGCUUACGCGUAAAAUGAGGACGGAACCACAAGUACGGCUAUAAGUGUUUGGUGGUUUUGGGUCUUGGGUUGAUACCAUUUCGGCGCUGGAUUGUGCUUUCUGGUGGGGGUUGAAUUGUGC